AUGAGCUCCAAUAUAACUCUUCUCUUCCACACUCACUCUGAGGUCUCAAACACUACAUCGGACACUGAGGCCAUUAUGAAUAAGGCUAGUAUUGUCUUCCUCAACGUCAUUGUUCUCCUCGGCAUCACUGGGAACUCUGUGGUCAUCUGGGUGGCCGGCUUCCUCAUGAAGCCCAAUGUCACAAACGUAUGGCUGGUCAAUCUCGCCGUAGCAGACCUGAUCUUCUGCAUGACACGAGUCAUAUCACUCAUCUCAAGUCUUUUCUUUAACCACUGGACUUUUGGACUCUUUCUCUGCAAGUUCAAUGGUUUCUUCAAGUACGCCAACAUGUUCUGCAGUGUUUUUCUUCUGGCCGUCAUCAGUGUGGAUCGAGUGCUCUGCGUCUGGUGUCCAGUGUUCACCAGAAAACGACGGACGUUAUUUGCCGCUCGUGUGGUCAGUGUUGGAGUUUGGAUUGUGGCGGUGAUCUUUAGUUCACCGUACUUUGUGUACCGGGAAGUCUUUCUCGGCAAGAACAAUUUGAGCCAAUGCUCACUGGAGCACAAAGGAUCGGCAGAAGCAGGUGACAGUUCAGCAAAGUAUGUCUACUACUGCAUUCGUUUCAUCUGUGGAUUCGUGUUGCCCUUCCUGGUCAUCCUCAUCUGUUACAUACUAGCUGCUGUUGGGAUACGCAGAACACGGCUCUCUGGAAAAUCAAGGCCUCUUCGGAUUCUUGCUGUAUUGGUCUGUGCCUUUUUCUUAUGUUGGGCUCCAUACCACUUUCUAGGGCUGGUCAAGUUGGUGAAUGAAGAUGACGUGGCAGUAAAAGUGGGAUGGACAAUGGUUUCAAAUUUAGCCUAUUUCAACAGCUGCAUUAACCCAGUGCUCUACUUCUGCAUGGGACUGGAUGUUCGUCAUCGAUGUAACCAAAGUCUGUCUGGGAUUUUUCGUAGAGCACUUACGGAGGAAGACCAAAGUCUCUCACAGCAAGGCAAUGGCGAAGAAAGCUCCAUUCCAAAGACUACAGACACUUAG